UCAGUAGCUUGAUAAAUGUGUUUAAGAAUAUUCCUUAUCUCGGUGUUGAUAACACGAACCAUAAUGUCUAAGACUGUAGUCAUCUCCAUUGUUUUGUGCGUUCUUGUUUGUUUUUCGGGAUCUGAUGGACGCCGGAAAAGCAAGAAGACCUUUGUACCCAUUCAUACGGAAAAAGACGAGAGCUCCAGCUAUUCUUUUCUGUAUGAAAAACAUUACAUGAGCAUGAGAUCGGGAGGUCGCCACCAUACCCCAUUCACGUGUUGGUUGUACAACACGACGGCCGAGGAGAGUCAGCUGGCCCAUGACCAAAACGGACUCAAAUUAGUAGAGCUGAAGAUAAUGCAGUUAGCUACAGGUCAAGUUGGACGCGUAGUGAGUUUACCGGAGGCACACGCCACUCUGCACUCGAUCAGUCUACAUUUAGCAAACUUCUGUCACACAGCAGUCAAUACGACCACCGUUGUUUGGUUGGAGGACCACGUAUAAGAUGAACAAGUGUAGACACUGAUUCAAUCAUCUAUAAGUGUGUAAAUCAUUGAAUAAAGUUGUUUUAAGUUUU